AAGAGAAUCAUGGACUGCUUGUAUUUAGCAAAGAAUCCCGUUUCAGUUGGGAAUGGACGAUUAGCAUGUUAAAAUAUGAAUAAUCAAUGGUGAGCGCUUCAUUUCCGCCUUUACUGUUCAGCGAUAUACUACCUACAGCUGGCACGAGACGUCAUCUCGUAUAACAAUCGGUCAGUUCAAAUAGUGCUACGAGGAUUUGGUCGACACAGUAGUAGGUUCAGGAAAUUCUAGUCCUUACGGGUUGCCUUUCAUGGCAAACAACCAUUUUCAGCAAGAUAAUGCUCGAUCACAUUCAACUAGACUUUUCUAGGGAUUUUUCCAUAGCAGUACCACAUUUCGUGAUAUUGCUCGAUCAUCACAUUUGUCGCUCCUAGAGAGAUUAUGGGACUAGUGGACACCAUUCUGCUAUCUACAAGUGUGAGAUAUAAGGAGUGGAGUUCAAACAACUGUGGUAAAUCUUUUGCAGAACAGUAUUUGAGGCGGUAUUUUUCUUGCCAGACCGUAUCUCUUCGUAUAUCCAGGAACAGAAAAUCCUACAAGGUUGAAAGUUGAAUGUUGUAGAGUGAAUAACUUACACUGAAGUGUGACAGAACAUCAUGAAUUACAUUACCCUGAUCCUAUCAGUAACAUCUUUAUGCCAAAUUUUACCUGCAAAUGCAUAUGAUACCAAUAAAGUCAAUUCAUCUUCAUGGCAUCCGAUUUCAAAAAGAGAUAGUUCAAUCGAAUGGGAAAGUUGCAACGAUGAUGCACCAGUAAAAGUCAAAAGUUUUUCUUUAACUCCGAAUCCAAUACCAGUAAGAGGAACCAUCACUGUAGGUGGUGAUAUCGUUGUAGACAGACCUAUUGAUUCACCUAUAAUGGUAACUGCUGAAAUAUACAGAGAGAUACUUUUUUGGAUUCAUGUAAAACAUAUUAAUCUAGGUAACUUAUGUGAAAUGUUUCCGACAAAUUGCGCAAAAGAACAUGAUUUGCUAUGCAUAUGUCCAAUUAAAGCGAAAUCUUACUCCAUACCAUCUGUUAAAUUCCAACUACCAGAUUUUUCCGUUUCUGACUUCUUAGCCACAGGAUACUACAGAGCAACUGUAAAAGGAUCUCAUUGUGGGAGCCAACUUUUUUGUUACAAUGUAUAUUUUUUAUUACGUUCUUAACUGAAUUUAUAUUUUUAUAAAGUGGU